AGAUCGUAUCCAAUUGCCGAAGGAUAUCCCAUUGCCGAAGGAGAGACCGAUUCAUAUCCCAUCGCUGAGAGAUCGUAUCCAAUUGCCGAAGGAUAUCCCAUUGCCGAAGGAGAGACCGAUUCAUAUCCCAUUGCUAAGAGAUCGUAUCCAAUUGCUGAAGGAUAUCCUAUUGCCGAAGGAGAGACCGAUUCAUAUCCCAUCGCUGAGAGAUCAUAUCCAAUUGCCGAAGGAGAGACCGAUUCAUAUCUCAUCGCUGAGAGAUCUUAUCCAAUUGCCGAAGGAUAUCCCAUUGCCGAAGGAGAAACCGAUUCAUAUCCCAUUGCUGAGAGAUCGUAUCCAAUUGCUGAAGGAUAUCCCAUUGCCGAAGGAGAGACCGAUUCAUAUCCCAUUGCUGAGAGAUCUUAUCCAAUUGCUGAAGGAUAUCCCAUUGCCGAAGGAGAGACCGACUCAUAUCCUAUUGCCGAGAGGUCGUAUCCAAUUGCUGAAUGA